CAAAUCCCCCGUAUUAAGAGCAAGAACAGGGCGAGUGAAAGACAGAAAAUGGCAACAGCGACGGUGAAGAGAAUCGGAGUGGUUGGCGGAGGCCAAAUGGGUUCCGGAAUAGCCCAAGUCGCCGCCAUGCACGGCGUCGACGUUUGCCUCUUCGAUGUCGACCCUCAAGCUCUUUCCAAAGCUUCCUCUUCCAUCUCUAACUCCAUCAACCGUCUCGUUUCCAAAUCACACCUCUCUCAGGUGGCAGGUGCUGAUGCUUUGAAACGGCUGCGUUUUACCUCGGAUUUGGAAGAGUUUCGUGAUGCUGAUUUUGUCAUUGAAGCUAUUGUGGAAUCUGAAGAUGUGAAGAAAACCUUGUUUGUUCAACUGGACAAGAUUGUUAAGAGUUCUGCGAUUCUGGCAUCGAACACGAGUUCAAUCUCCAUUACUCGCCUAGCAUCUUCUACAUGCAGGCCAAGCCAGGUGAUAGGGAUGCAUUUUAUGAAUCCUCCGCCUUUGAUGAAGCUGAUUGAGAUUGUGCGUGGUGCGGACACUUCUGAUGAGACUUUUGCUGCGACGAAAGCACUGUCAGAGAGGCUCGGGAAGACAGUAAUAACCUCCCAGGAUUAUUCAGGCUUUAUAGUAAAUCGGAUCCUUAUGCCAAUGAUAAAUGAAGCAUUUUUUACUCUCUACACUGGUGUUGCAACCAAAGAGGAUAUUGAUACCGGGAUGAAGCUGGGUACUAACCAUCCAAUGGGUCCUUUAGAGCUAGCUGACUUCAUUGGAUUGGAUGUGUGCUUGUCAAUAAUGAAAGUUCUUCACGCUGGUCUUGGGGACAAUAAAUACGCACCCUGCCCUCUACUUGUGCAGUAUGUUGAUGCUGGCCGGCUUGGAAGAAAACGUGGCAUUGGCGUCUAUGACUACCUAAAAUCAUCUUCUCGUCUCUAAAAUGUUUGGUUGCCUUGGAAGACUCUGCUGAAGUUAAGGGAAUACAGUAAGAUAAUCUGUACAAAUUACAAAAUAUGUUAGGUACUGGUUCUUGUGUAAGCUUCAGUGUUACCUUGCUGCCAAUUUACUUGAACUGCUUUAAAGAGUUUUUACUAUUA